AUGUCGCUGCUAGCACCCAUUAUUUGCGACAAUGGUACAGGAUACUCCAAAGUUGGCUUUGCCGGAAACUCAGAUCCAUCAUUCGUAUUCCCCACUGCGAUAGCAACACGUGGCUCUGCCGCUGCCCCGUCUCGAGGUGGCCCUGGUGUACCCGCCAAGCCAGGACAUCUCGCAUCGAAGCGCGGCGUUGAGGACCUCGACUUCUUCAUCGGGGACGAGGCUCUAGCCAACGCGAAGACGCCCGGGUAUGGUGUACACUACCCGAUUCGUCACGGCCAGAUCGAUAACUGGGACUACAUGGAGCGCUACUGGGAACAGACGAUCUUCAAGUACCUCCGCGCUGAACCCGAAGACCACUACUUCCUGCUCACUGAGCCGCCGUUGAACCCGCCCGAGAACCGCGAGCAGACGGCCGAGAUCUUCUUCGAGUCGUUCAACAUUCAGGGUCUAUACAUUGCUGUUCAGGCCGUACUCGCACUCGCCGCAUCCUGGUCGUCCAACAAAGUCACCGACCGUACUCUUACGGGUACCGUUAUCGACUCGGGAGACGGUGUCACACACGUUAUUCCCUGCGCCGAUGGCUACGUUAUCGGUUCGGCCAUCAAGCACAUCCCCAUCGCCGGACGCGACAUCUCUCAGUUCGUCCUCAACCUCUUGCGCGAGCGUGGUGAACUCGCGACCGUGCCGCCCGAGGAUCACCUGAAGGUCGCGGGCAAGAUCAAGGAGAAUUACUCCUACGUGUGCCAGGAUAUCGUCAAGGAGUUCCGCAAGUACGACGCCGAGCCGUACAAGUACUUUGAGCGCUACGAGGGGGAGCACACGGUCACUGGCAGGAAAUACGGCCUUGACGUUGGUUACGAGCGUUUCCUCGCGCCAGAGAUCUUCUUCAACCCGGAGAUCUACUCGUCGGACUUCCUCACUCCCCUCCCCGAGAUUGUCGACAACGUUGUCCAGGCAUCACCGAUCGAUGUUCGUCGUGGUCUGUACAAGAACAUCGUGCUCUCUGGUGGAUCGACGAUGUUCCAACACUUCGGCCAGCGCCUCAAGCGCGACCUCAAGCAGCUCGUCGAUCGUCGUCUCGAGAAUAGCGCGAUCCAGAGCGGCUCGCGCGUCCAGUCGUCCGGAGUCGAAGUCGACGUCAUCUCGCACAAGCGCCAGCGCUACGCCGUUUGGUUCGGCGGUUCGCUUCUCGCAUCCCUGCCCGAGUUCUACCAGUCAUGCCACACGAAGGCGCAGUACGACGAGAUCGGCCCGUCGAUCUGCAGGCGUUACCAGAUCUUCGGUAGUGCGAACUAG